AGUAUUGCAGAACUUUACAGCUGUAACCCAACUAAAAGAUAAAAUUUUUCCUGAGGAAAUUCUUGGCCAGUUUUCUGCCAUAUCUAAGUUAUCGUGUGCCAUUGAAUGCAAAGAACAAUGUAGCUGUUUUGCAUAUAAUCGGGAAGAGGGAAUAUGUCGUCUUCAACAAGAGUGCAAUGAACUGUCUGCGACGGACAUCGCAAUUGGUUGGAAUUAUUAUCGCACAGUUACAGAUUCCUGUAGUGUGAUUGAUUUAGCGGCACACUGUCUAGAACUGUACUCGGAUGCCUGUCACAGAUCGUCCGGAGUCUACACGAUACGGUCCCACGACGGCGAGGCUCGCCAGGUUUAUUGUGAUAUGGAGACAGAAGGGGGAGGCUGGACAGUAAUAUUGAAACGUGAAGACGGAUCUGUAAAUUUCUCCAGAAACUGGGACGAUUAUAAGUACGGGUUUGGGAACGCCUCCACAGAGUAUUGGAUUGGUAACGAGAUGAUGCACAACUUGUCCGCGUCACGCUUAUACGUCAUGAUAACGCAUAUCAAUGGAUCUGUCUUCUACCAGACAUAUGGUCACUUUUAUGUGGCCAGCGAAGCAACUGGAUAUAAAUUGUACUUUGGGGAACAGUCGGGAACUAUGGGCAAUGCAUUCAUGUACGGAUCCUCUGCUACUCAGCUCCACUCAAAGGAAUUCAGCACGGUAGAUAGGGACCAGGAUAGAAAUGCCGACAUUAAUUGUGCCGCAUUGUCGGGUGGGGCGGGGUGGUGGUACAAUAGUUGUCACAGGGCCCUCCUGACCGGUCCCUACGGCACCACCGAGUGGACCCACCCCUGGAGUCCCGUGUUUGAGGACGGCACGCAAGUCAAAGCUGUGAGGAUGAUGAUGAAGCGAAAAUAAACAUAUACAUAUAUACGCAGCUGAAUUAUAGUCCAA